AUGGACACUAUACAGAGCACUUCCAUGAUGAGGAAGUUCGGGUUCUUCCUUUUGCUUGAAAGCAUUUUAAUCCCAAAAGACAGUGAUAAUGCUUGUUUGUCUUCAAGUGAAAUUGGUUGUUGUGCUUCAAGGGUACUGACUGGAACUGAAGAUUGUAUUCUGCUAGUACAUUUAAUGGAUAUGAAAGCUACGGCUGAAAUAUUGUGUAUGCAGUGCUUGAAAAUUCAGCCUGUUGGGCCAAACAAAGAUGUAACUGAUGCAAUUCAGAAGGUUGCUGCUGCUUAUGACUGCAAAAUUGUUGAAGGUGUUCUUCGCCAUCAGCUGAAGCAGUUUGUGAUAGAUGGUAACAAGGUUGUAUUGAGUGUAUCUGAUCCAGAAACAAGAGUUGAAGAUGCAGAAUUUGAGGAGAAUGAAGUUUAUGCUGUUGAUAUUGUAACAAGCACAAGUGAAGGCAAGUUCAUGUGGAGUUUCUCUACAUCAGGACUCUUGGAGGACAAGAGGGGUCGGCUGGGUUUGGUGGAAUGUGUUCUUCAUGAGAAGCUGGGUGAUAAUGUUGCUCACAUCAAAUUCACAGUUUUGCUAAUGCCAAAUGGUUCAGAUAGAGUCACAUCUCAUCCUCUGCAGGAGCUGCAGCCCACAAAGACGAUAGAUCAACCUGAAAUCAAGGCCUGGUUUAGAUAG